AUGGAACGGAAACGGGAUCGGGCCGAUAAUCCCAACCAAUGGGAUGGGCAGCUGAAUCCUGCCGAACCGCGAUCAACAAUGUUGAACAUCGUUGAUCUGGGUCUUUCUUCACCUCCUCCCUCAACCCUUCGUGACGAAACAGCCCCGAAACACAAAGAAAGAACUCCGUCCACAUCGAUAACAAACCAACAAAGCCGCCCCUCCCCUCAUGACAGGGAUGUGGGCUCGGGCACCUCCCUGCCCAUGUCCGCCUGCUUGCCCACAACUGCCCGCUCACCCGCUCGCCCACCAUCGCCCUCUUGA